AUCAGCACGCAGAGUUUAAUCCUCACUCUCUGAAUUUUUUUUUGCUUCCGUCUUUUGCAUUCUCUUAGCUUCUUUUCCUUCUAGCGUUUGUGAGUGCGAAGAUCAGAUUCUCUGCCACCGGGCUAAACCCACUCGCUACACAAUAAGGCACGAAGGCUCUCGAUCCCGGACUCCACCGUCGUGUCCACUCCCUACAUCGCCUGGCCGGGACUAUCCAUGCUGCUCUCCGUGGCACACGCAAGCUCUGCAGCCCUCACCCACUGAGCCACCUUGGAUCACCCAGAUCAUCCACCGAGAGACAGCGUAGGGGAUGCUGCGCACUUGUGUUGAUAUCGGCUUGUGCAACAGCACGCAUACAACCGAGUCUCAGUGCUUACGCUUUCUUCGUCUCCUUCUCCUUGGCUUGCCGGGGCGUUGCCAGCUAGAUUUGACUGGCAUUCUACCUCUCCGUGAUGCCAGGAUCGACACCAAGAUCUUCAGGUUCAGCGACGAAUGCAGUGGGUCCGCCCUCCAGAAAAUAGCAAAUCAUGACGAUUGCUGUAUGUAUACGAGUACAGUAUGUGCGAGCAUGUGCGAGAGAGGGGCGCCCAUCAACCAAGCUUUUUCCCUGUUCCUCGACGAAACGAGGGCUCAUUCACUCAAAGCGAGGCUUCGAUAUUUUCGUACUAAUUAUACGAGCAGGCUCGGGUCGGCGCUCCGGGAAUUGGCAUGUUCCGGUCGGUGUUCGACGAAAUGGAUGAAGGAGGAAACCCUGCUAGCACUGCUGCUGGUUACAAUUCCAAAGCCGGCCGUCGUGAAGGCUCAUAGGGCAUGCUACCAGGAUACACUACAUACUUGCUGAGGCACUUGAUGCUCUAAGAGCCGCCAUACAAGAACCUAACAAGGCGGUGCAGCUGUGAUUUUCUGGUGUUUGUUACAAGCAGCUACCAUGAAUUAAUGAACGAGCAGAGGUUGGCGGAACUGACAC